AUGCAUUUGCAUGUCGGUAAAAAUAGAGCUAAUAGGUUUUUAUAUUCAAAAUUAAGCUCUGAUACCUCUCAAAACAAAACCCGAAGCCGAUCUAGAACUCCAAAAUCUUAUUCGCAAUCUGAUCGACGAAAUCUUAUUACACUUUAUGGAAGCACACCUACUGAAGAGCCACAACUAGCUCCUUGAGUCCGAGAAAGCACGCUUACAUUUAAAGAUCCCUUGCUUCUUCUUCAUGAAGAGAUUAUUGAUUUUUAUGAUUUUAUGCAGCCAAAUCCCUUAUCCCUUUAAUCAUAAUUUUAACAAUUUAAAUUAUUUUGUAUUACAUUAUAUUCUCAUCUAUCAAUCAGCAGCCUUGAAAGUUAGAAAAGGCUAACCAAGAAGAUAUCCUUAAUCGGCUUACUGCUAUGGUAAAGUCAAUUUGGCCAGAUGCUGAAAUCCAAGUUUUUGGCUCAUUUGCCAAUGGUUUAUGAUUGCCCACAAGUGAUAUUGAUGUAUCAGUUAGAACAAAUACUAACCUAAGCACCAGAGCCUCAAUUGAUUUACUUGCAGCCUCUCUUAUCAAAACAAAAAUGGCUAGUGAGCUCGAAAAAAUCUACACAGCAAGAGUUCCGCUAUUAAAAUUCCUAGACAGAUCGACAAGUCUAUCUAUAGAUGUCUCUUUCAGCAUUGGGCAAGGAAUGGAGUGAAUAAACCUCGUUAAAGAUUACCUUGUAAAAUAUCCAGAAGCGAAAUACAUUAUUUUCGUAUUGAAAUAUUAUUUAAAGCAAAGAGAAUUAAAUGAAACUUUUAAUGGAGGAAUUGGAAGCUAUCUAUUAUUCUGUAUGGUCAUAAGCUCAAUUCAAAUGCAUCCUGCUCAUAAAGAUGGUGGCAAACAUUAUGGAGGCUAUACCCUUGGCCAUUUUUUAGUCCAUUUUUUUCAGUUAUAUGGGCAUGAGUUUAACUAUUCUGAUAUAGGGAUAGAUAUAAAGUGAAAUGGGUCGUAUUUUCAGAAGAGAAAUAAGGAGUGGUGCAAAGGAAAAGGAGAAUUCUUAUGUGUGGAAUGCCCUCAAGGUACUAAUAAUGAUAUAGGAAGAGGAGCUUUUAGAAUAAAACUAAUCAGAGAGGCAUUUAAACACGCAUUAUCAAUGAUAUGCUCACAAACAUAUGUUUCUGCUAAAACACCAUUAAAUCUCAUUUUGAUAAGUGAUGAUUUUAUUAAGAAUAGAAAACCUUAUCAUAUAAGCCAAUGCUUGGCUGAUAAUACAUAA